CAAUUUUUGCAAAUGUCAUCUAGUCUGUUGUCAAAUAAUUGUUUGGUUUGAAAAAUAUUUUUUCACUAAAAUAAAUCUGUAAAUAUUACAGCAAUAGUGAUAUAUUUAAAAGUUACAAACUUAUUGUGUGAAGUGAAAUACUUAACAGCAGAUAAUGCUUCUAAUAUUUUUAUAUUAGGUCACCCGGAACUUCGUAUUUUGGUUACCGGUGCAAGUUUAGUGUUUGUUUGGAAGAUUUGAGUUUUUUACUUUAUAAGGACGAAAGUUUGUUGAUAUGGCCGAUAAUGACGAUUAUUUAGACACGAUUGACAACAAUCAUACAGACGGCCCCAACGGUUCAAUAAAUAUGACCGACAACAACCUAGGCGAUGAAGCAGCAGCUGCAGACGUUCCAGAUCUUGCCGCAAUCAAGGCAAGAGUGAGGGAGAUGGAAGAAGAGGCAGAGAAGUUAAAACAAAUGCACACUGAAGUUGACAAACAGAUGAGCAUGGGCAGCCCUCCUGGACUUACGAGUCCUCUGAACAUGUCUAUAGAGGAAAAAAUUGAGGUAGACAACAGAUCAGUAUAUGUUGGCAACGUGGACUAUGGUGCUAACGCAGAGGAGCUGGAGCAGCACUUCCACGGCUGUGGCUCCAUUAAUAGGGUUACAAUAUUAUGCAAUAGGUUUGAUGGGCAUCCCAAAGGUUUUGCCUACAUAGAGUUUGGUGACAAAGACAGCGUGCAGACAGCAAUGGCUAUGGACGAGUCUUUGUUCAGAGGACGGCAAAUUAAGGUGAUGCCGAAGCGUACGAACAAGCCAGGGCUGUCAACGACGAACCGGCCGCCGCGUGGCAUGCGGGGUCGCGGCCGCGCGCAGCGCUACUCGCCAUACGGCGGCUACCGGCCCCGCCGCGGCAGAGGGAUAAGACGCGGCGGCUAUUACAAUCCUUACUGAGUGUGGUAAACUGGGGUGCGACCCCGGUCCCGCCGCGCGUAUUGAGUGCCAGUGUGUGCGGUGUAGAAACAAUCGACUCUUUACCUCAGUUGACCGUUUUAUGCAAACUGUGGCGUGCACUCCAUAUAGGCGUAAAUGCACUGCAUAUCUUUGAUAUUUUUUGGUAGAGCUGAUUACAAUUUGCGUCAAGUAAUUUUGCUACUGUAAAUUGUGCAUAUUGCUGUCUAAUUCUUAUAUCGUACUGCGCACUCAUAUGAACCAAUCUCAGAGCGGCAGACAUGUUUGAUGCGAACUGUCCAGAACGAUUUAUUAUGUUUGUAUCGUCUUUCAUUCAACACUGUUCAGUGCAUAUUCUGAUCGAAAUCAGUGCACGCCACUGCGUGUGUCAGAAUGGUGGCGGUACACCGGACAAUUCAAUGUUAUUUGUCGAUGUUAACGACGACGUCAUCAUGAAAAAAUUUAAGCUGUUUUAACUGCGCAGUAUUGAACCUAAAGAAUUGCAUUAUCGCCGUCCAAAGAAAUUGAUAAAAUUGUUUUUUUUCAUGCGAUCACCUCUUGCAAAUCAUUGUAAAUUGUAAUUAAAUUUAUAAUAGCUCGUACAGUUAUACGCACAGAAACGAAAUAACUUCGUUUAUGUUGAUACUGUUUACCUACCCUUUUGUUUUUUUAGCAUUAAAUGGAUUUUUUGUCAUGAAAUUUGUUUCUUUCAAUCUACUGCGCAGUGAUAACAAUAACUGUGACUUAUCAUUGCUGGUUAAGUUACCGAGACAUGGGGCUUGUGUAUUUGUCGACAAUCCUCAUGUAAAUACUGUAAAUCAAGCCUUCUCUUAGGACAUAGAGAUAUCAAGUCAGUAGAUGGAUGAAAUAGAUAGAAUAUAAUCUUUGAACUUAAAAAUUAGAAAUCCUGAUUCAAAUUGGAUCUGGGCGACAAAAUAUUUUUAUAGAUUUGAAAAAGGUUACUUUACAUUGGGCUUAGUUUUUCUUAGGAGCACCAUGUUUCGGUAUAUAUCUAUCAAAAUGAAAAAAUAAUGGAAUACCAUCUCGAUAAUAUAAUGUAAUGCCGUGCAUCAAAGUCGCGAUUUACUGAUAAGUAGAUGUCUAAUAUUUAACUUGUAUUAAGAAUAAAAUCGUAUUUUGUUAAUAAAACGUUUUUUUUAUGAGUUAAGACAUUAUUACAUUUGCUGCAGGUUCGUACUUCGUUUAGUGAUUUACUCUAUAAAACCAUUUUUCACUGUUUAAAGGUUAGGCAUAGCAAAAAUAGUAGUCGAGACAUAUACACCACGUGUAAUAAUAAAUAAUAAUUUAUUUGUUAGUAUAUCUCAUGGAGUGUGAGUAAAAUUAUUACAUAACAUUGUAUUUUUUUCUAUUGUACCUAACAUGAAUUUGCCUAAAUUAGGUAAAAAUAUACUUAAAGGCUCUCGCUGACAUAUGGCGAAUGGUUAUACUCAUAAUAUAGACUUUAUGAACCUUUGAGGGGAAUUGCUAAUCCGAUCAAGUGGGUUCUACACAGUGCGGCAUUAAGGUAGUAAUGUUAGCGUAAAUAAGUUAUGUUUUGAGUUUAAUACUCGAUUUAAUAAUUAUAAUAUUACUCAAUAUUGGUUAAUAUGUCAUGUGAUAAACGCGAUACUUUUUACGACUCAUGGCGACGAAAUAUUUCAAUGUAUUAAAUUAAAUAAAUCCAAAAAUCACUGCAUGUUAAUAAUAAUUAAGUAGAUGGAGUAAUAAUUUUGUGUAUUAUAUGGAAUUAUAUGUUACUUGGAAUUUUAACAAUUUUUGAUGUUCAAUGUUUCUCAAUUAUUACAAAUUUAUCCCAUCAGUAUAUGAAACAUAAAUAAAAAAAGAUAUAUAGUAGCUAACUAUUUUUAUUACCUAAAUAGAGACAUACCUAAUUGCAUUAAGACUUAGGUAAUAUUAAGGUCGGCAUAUGUGUUGACAGAUAAUUAUUUCUGAAUGUUAUUGUGUUACAAGGUAAUAUAGUUAGAUGUAACUGUUUCAAAAAACUAUUUAAAGCUAAGUAUCACUAAUGGGCCGAACCACAGCGCAACGCAAUGCUUUAUAAGAAAAUGGUAUUUUUUUUUAAUGGUAUUUUUUUUUUGUAAUUUUUUUUUAAUGGUAUUUUUUUAUCUUUUUUAGACAAUUGAUAAAAUGUGCAAGCAACAAUGGUUGAAUUUACUAACUUGCACGUAUUUUAUUUAACCAUAAGAAUAUGGUUAAAUAAGAUACGGAAAACUAGACCGUUAACUAUUUAUAUCCAAAUAGGUAUUUUCUAUUUUCAGAUUAGUUUAUACAGCACACUCCUAUUUAAGUCUAGCGGACGCUCUUUAGUCCAGCCCUUACAGUAGUAUCGCUGUAAAAAUGGUAACUAAGUAACUUCUCCCGUUUUCCCAACUUAUCCCUUCACUGCUCUGAUCCUAUUGAGAAAAGUAUGCUAUAUGAGUAUGAAGAAUUAUUGUACCAAGUUUCGUCAAAAUUCGUCGAGUAGUUUUUGUUUCUAUAACGAACAUACAGACAGACAGACAAAAAUUUUACUAAUUGCAUUUUUGGCAUCAGUAUCGAUUACUAAUCACCCCCUGACAGUUAUUUUGGAAAUAUACUUCAUGUACAGAAUUUACCUCCUACACAUUUAUUAUAAGUAUAGAUUGUACAGCGCACGCUUGUUAAAAAGUUGCGUGCUUUUUGUGUUGCGGUGCGGAUCGACUCAAUGUGCGCUAGCCUUAAGUCAUUAAAAAGCAUUUAGAUAGUUCUUAGAAAUAAAUGUUACAAAUUAGAACUAUAGUAAGUGGAUAGUAAGAAGAGUUAUUUAAGGUUAGUUGUUUUGUUAGGAUUCAGCAACUAUUUUCAAAGGAUUAGUUAUUAUAAUAAUGUACUUUUGUAUAAAAUCAUUGAUGUUUUUAUGAAAUCCGAAUUGUAAUUAAAUUUACACAUUGCUUAUUUUAUAUAUAAUUCCGGCAACUCUUAAACUGUGACUGCAAUCUAUCAUUAAUCAUUAAUAUUGUAUAAAACAAUAAAACAUUCAGUUGUAUAUAUAUAUAUAUAUAUAUAUGUUGUGUGUACUUUGUAUAGUUUACAUGUGCUUAUUUUUAGUGCUGUCUCUGCUCUCUCUUUGAAGACCUAUGUUGUCUAUGCGUUGCUUAUAACUGGGAGGUCUUGUGUUCGAUUUCAAUCUCAGAGACAAUCUUUAUAUUCUAGGAUCUUAUCGUAGUCAGGCACUAGGUUUCGCUCGAAUAAAAAUAAUAUUUUUAAUUAUUUUAUUGGUAGAAUUUCCAUUAUUUUACAUUUGCUGAGGUCUGGUCUAGUCUAAUUCUGGGCUUCGGCCUAGGCUGGUACCCAGAUGUCGAAUACAAUUUCUAUAAGAAACUAUAUACAUUAAUUAAAAUAAAUAAAUUAUAUCACUCUCAGGUUUAUGCAUACUGCAUAGUGGCAAAAUAUUUUAAUCAUAAACAAUUCGCACGUGUACACUAUACAUUAUUUAGUAGGUAUAGUAUGAAAUAUAAGUAUAAUUUACAUUAAUGUUUAGUUUUAUGAUUUCGAUUUCAUUUUAUAAAAUACAGGUAAUGGCAACCAAUGAAUCAACUUGAAAAUGUAGUUUUUAUUUUAAUAAAAGUUUUUCGUUUCAAUCAUCAUCAAAAUAUGACCUUUUUUGCUUCAGCUACAUUUCCAAGUAGGUUGUCUAACUUCGGUAUAAAAUACCUAGGUUUACCAAUGAAAAAAUAAUGAUUUUUAUUGAUUUUUUUAAUGGAUGUCUUAUAUAUUGUAUAAUUCAAUUUAAUGCUAUCAUUACAAUAAGUUGCACUCAAGAUUAAACAACACGAUUAAUUAUAGUAUUUUGUAUAGAGCACAACUGAGAUUUUUCUAUACAUUAGAUUUGAAACAUUAGACUAUCCACUUGAAAAAGCUUUAUAUACAGGGUGUUGCGGAGUGUUUCCCAUAACUUAAAGGUGUUGAAAAGUCCACUUAUAGGAGAGAACCUAAGUUUUUUUUUAACUAAAAAACAACUUUUUUAUGUUUUUAAACAAAGUAAUUCAAAUAAUUCCGAAUGUCCAUGAACACACAAUCUAUGCAUUUUAAAAUACGUAAGUAGUGGUAAGACUGUCGAUAUCGACUAGAUACUGCAACUGGCACUCCGCACUUCACUAGCAAGCUACUUCAUGAUAUUUAUCAAAGAAUAAGUUUGGCUAGGUCAUAAUAUAAGGAUCUAUUUACAAAUGAAAUAUUUUUUACUCCGAACAUGUUCGUUUUAGAACACAUGUCCCUUAGACAUUUAUAAUUAAUUUUCGUUAAAGAAUCUAACCAUAGAGAUAAGGGAAAUACUCCCGAGCACCCUGUAUACCUAUGUCAUCCAAAUAUUCUAUUUGACUCUUACAUUUGCUGGUGGUUCUAAGAUAUCCAUUAUUGGUGUAAAUGUAAAUUAACAUCCAUUUUAAGUGUGGUAUAUUUAAUGUAUUAAGUUUUCUUAUCUGAUAGGAACAACCUGUCUCCAAUGUUCAUAUUAUAUUAUAGCAUAAAUUGAUGAUUUGUAUUAUUUUUUAUGUAUGUAAUGUAUGUUUGUACAAUCUCUUUAAAAUUUCAAAGAAGUUAAAAUCCAAACCUAAAAGAAGGUAACAUCUAAAAAAUGGCUAUAGCAAAAAUUAUAUAAAAAAUGUGUUGCAUAAGAAUAAUUUUAAGAACCAAAA